AUGAUCACUGGACUCGUAUCUCUACGAGCUCAGCAAUUCGUUUUCAGGCUCACGCGCAACAUGACGACAAAGGUGCAUGCUAUUGCACAGACAGGAUUCGGCACUGGGACGAAUGAACUAUACGACCGGGUUCGUCCUUCGUACCCAGCUGAGUGUCUUUCGUACAUUCUCACACACGUUACUUUUAGUUCCUCCUUCCAAUUGGCUUUCAGAAUUGGGGCAGGGACAGGUAUUUUCACCCGUGCCUUGCUAGAUCACUCUGAGUGGGCUACGAGCAUUGGCACGCUGAGAGCUAUCGAACCUAGCGACGGCAUGCGUGAUGUGUGGACGAAGACUGUCGAUGAUAACCGCAGUUCUAUUGUCAAAGGGACAUUUGAUGACACUGGUGUUGAAGAUGGGUGGGCGGACCUUAUCAUUAUUGCACAGGCAUUCCAUUGGUGCCCCGACUAUGGGAAAGCAUCGGCUGAAUUCGGUCGUAUUUUGAAGAAGGACGGCGCAGUUGUGUUCAUAUGGAACCUUGAAGACAGAGACGGUGCAGGUUGGGUUGCGCAACUCCGUGACCGCAUCGAGGCUCAUGAGAAAGGGACGCCCCAAUUUCGCCUCGGUCUCUGGAGGGAGACGUUCUCUACACCUGAGUAUAUCUCCUUGUUCCAUCCUCAGGAGGAAGAAGAGUGGGCAUAUCAUCUUCUUGCUAGCGAGCAAAUUGUUACGGAUCGCGCUCAGUCUAAAAGUUAUAUUGCCGUACUCCCUCCAGAUGAAAAGGCCAAGGUAGUGGAGGACGUCAAAGGUAUCCUCGAGCGAGGAGAUGGUAGAGUUUGGAUUAACAAGGAGGAGGGCACGUAUCAAUAUCCAUACAAGACUUACAUAGUGGUAUCUAGAAAGAAGUAG